AACCACCAACUCCUCUCGUUAUCUUUGCGAACUAUUGAGGGCGCAGUAUGGCUCUGCUCCAUUUUUAGCUUUAGUAGAAGACCUACUCAAGAAAAAGUCUAUUUGAACUGUUUUCCAAAGAUGGCAAGUUUAUGCAAGUUACUUCACCCACCUCAUCAGUUGUUAACCAAUGCUGUACAAAAAGUUGGUUUUCGUAGCUCACAAGCAUUAAGCACAAGUAAUCCACUUUCCGCUAUCAUUCUUCUGUCACGGUUGCGAGUUGUUGACAAUUCUACACUCGGAGCAUCCGCAGUCCACAAACCACCACGGUGCAUCCAUGUGUACAAUAAAAAAGCUGUAGGAAAAGUUGGCGAUAAAAUUCUUGUUGCUAUCAAAGGACAGAAAAAGAAAGCGCUGAUUGUAGGAGUUAAAAUGCCUGGGAAAAACAUGACACCUAGAUUUGAUACAAACAAUAUUGUUUUAUUAGAAGAAAGUGGAAAUCCAACAGGAACAAGGAUACGUGUUCCUAUUCCUUCAUAUCUUAGAGGACGAAAAGAUUUAUCGAAAGUAUUUGCAGUUGCUUCAACGUUCGUUUAAGAUGAUAAAAUGUUGUUCUACCCAACUGACAUUUUAAUUGUUACCUCAUAAAAAGGAGAAAAUAUCACUUGGUAUGGUAAAUGUGGUGAAGAGAGGGUUUUUUUUAUUCAAUUAAGCAAAAUCAGAGUCAACCACUUUGGUUACUACUGUAUUUUUUGUCCAAACAUGUUUAACCAAUAAAAUGCUUUUUUUACCAUAUCAAAUGGCUGAAAGUUUAUUUCUGGACUUGGGACCAAGGAGUCAUAGU